GACAGAGUUUUGUAGCAUUAGCAAUAUAGGAGUAGUAGCAACAUGAUACGAAUUACCACGCAGAAGGUGAUUCUUCAUGUGGCGAUUUUCAUCAUCGUUUCUCUUCUGCCAUUAGUUACAGCAACUCAGAAGCACGCGAAAAAGAUUAUUCACGAAUGCAGUGACCAUAAAGUCCUUGAGCUAGGUCCAAAGUUGUCAUUUCAAAUUAUUCUACAUGGAAUUCUCCUCUGGGCUUCCAUGGGGUUCUUGAUGCCUAUCGCGAUUCUUGUAAUAAGAAUGUCGAAUAAAGAGCAAAAUGGAAGAAGGCUAAAGAUGAUUGUGUAUACUCAUGCUUCUUUACAGAUACUAUCUGUUCUCCUUGUAGCAGUAGCAACAAUCAUGUCAGUAAUAAACUUUGAGAAUUUUUUCGACAAUACUCACCAGAGACUUGGCUUAGCUCUAUAUGUUGCCAUAUGGCUGCCAUUCAUCGCUGGGAUUUUUCGACCUGACAGGGGAAGCAAAAAUAGGGGUGUAUGGUAUGCAUUUCACUGGCUUAUUGGAGUCACAGUUACUUUACUGGGAAUCGUCAACGUAUAUAUAGGUUUACAGGCAUAUAACACAAAAACAAUGAAGAGCACAAGUGUUUGGAACUGGCUUUUCAGUAUUGAGGUUGGUGUUAUCGCGUUCAUCUAUCUGUUCCAAGAAAAAUGGCAGUAUAUAAAGCAAUCAGGAGGGAUUUUAUGCAAUGAAUCAGUACGACCAACGGAUCAAGAAGCAUCUCCAACUCAGAAAAAGGAAAUUUCACCCAUGGCAUAAUCAGAGCCAUGUUAAGACUUCAGACAAACAAAUAAUUUUGCCUUUACCUAACACAAAUUUUCUUGUUUUUUACAGCUAACAUUAGAUUCUCUCCAAUUUUGUUACAAUUUCACAAAACAGAUAUUUAAGAGUUUUGUGUAGUACUAUCAAUGUAGAGCAUCAUACACAGUCUAUAAAAUGAAAGAUAUUGUGUCCACCUCUCCUCAUUCACAAUCGCGACAGGUUCAAUCAAUGAGUUAAGCAUAUCCAACACCAGCGCG